UUAAGUUCGUUGCAUUCCGCCAAAUCUCGAUUUGGGUAAAAUCAGAACAUUGCCGAAACCAAUAUUUUGAUCAUGUGACUUGAACAAAAUGGCGGCCAGUGGGAGUCUUUUUGCUGGAAAACCAAGGUCUGGUUCUGUGAGAGCUUCUGGAAACCAGAUUGACGCAGACGGAAAUGAAGUUGAAUUUGAUGUACGUGAAGAUGAGGAACAGAAUGUCAAGCUUUUACAAACAAUUGAACUUCUCCUUGCAGCAGGCUAUUUCAGGGCAAGAAUUAAGGGAUUAUCUCCCUUUGACAAGGUUGUAGGUGGAAUGACCUGGUGUAUCACAACAUGUAAUGUAGAUAUAGAUGUUGAUCUGCUGUUCCAGGAAAACUCUACCAUUGGUCAGAAAAUUGCUUUGACUGAGAAGAUUGUAGCAGUACUGCCCAGGAUGAAAUGUCCACAUAGAAUAGAGCCUCAUCAAAUCCAGGGUCUUGAUUUUAUACAUAUUUACCCAGUUGUUCAGUGGCUGGUGAAGCGUGCUAUUGAAACAAGAGAGGAGCUGGGAGACUAUAUCAGAAACUUCUCAGUGUCACAAUUCAACAAAAACCAUUCCACUCCAGAGGAUGAAGCUUUUCUAACAGUAAAAGAGAAGGCAACCAGUACUGUUGCAGAAGUGAAGUCAGCAUACAAGCCAGAGAGGAAGUACAAGCGUCAUGACAUAGAUAAACUGCGGGACGAGGAGACGAGGGUCCAGUCUACACUACUAGAGUAUGGUCGUAGAUACGGCUUCAGUAAGACUGACCAGAAAGAACAGGAUGAUGAAAAGGCUGCGAAGAAGAAAGCAGCAGCUGCUGGUGUAGGUGGGGAAGAAGGGGAAAAAACUCUGGAGGAGCUGCAGGCUGAGGAAGAGAAGCGUAUAAACAUGUUAAUGAGUGGUAUGUCUGCUAUGGGAAUGCAGGAGGGUAAGUUGACGGCAAGUACUGUAGGGUCUAUUGUUGGUAUGCAGUCUGCAGAGAUACAACAGAUUGCUUCGGAAUAUGCUGAAAAGCAAGCGGAGAUAGAGCAGAUAGAGAAGAGUGAGAGAGUGGGUGGGGCACAACAACAUAAACGUAUAACUGCAGCCCUCGGCAAACAAAUACAACAAAACACAGACAAGCUACAGCAGGUACAAGAAAAACAUGCUGAGCUUCACAAGGCCUACAUGGAAACCCAGGAAAAACUCAAAGAGGCCCAGGCUCACAGUGGAAAGAUUGAUGAAGAAAUGGAGAAACUGAAUCAAAUGGAAACAGAUGAAAACCAAGGAAUACUCGCCACAUUGAAAUCUUUGGUUGCGAUGAAUGAGAACUUAAAGAAACAAGAGCAAGAGUUUAAAGCUCAUUGUAAGGAAGAAAUGGCGAGAUUAAAGGCCAAUAUAGAUCAGUUGAAAAAAGAAACAGAUGGAGAAAUUUCAGAGGAUAGGGCUAGAGCUGGACUUAUAGAAAAACAAUAUGAUGCAGACAAAGAAAAACUUCAUAAGAUCAGGCUAUUACUGGCAAGAAAGAAUCGUGAGAUAGCUGCGUUACAGAGGAAGAUUGACGAGGUGCCGUCACGAGCCGAGCUAAGUCAGUACCAGAGAAGAUUUGUAGAGCUGUAUAAUCAAGUGGCCUCUACACAUAAGGAAACAAAGCAGUUCUAUACCAUGUACAACACAUUGGAUGAUACUAAACUUUACUUAAACAAAGAGGUCAAUUUGCUGAACUCGAUAUAUGACAACUUUUCUCAAGCUAUGUCAUCACCUGCCAAUAAAGAACAAUUCUUGAAACAAUUUGAACAGAUUGUGGAAGGAGUGAAAAAUAAUAAAGCAAAGGUAGAAAGGAAGAAACAAGAGGAGAAGAUGAAAAGGGAUCAACUUAAUGAUAUUUACCUCGAUCUUAUAGAGAAACAACGUCUCUACUUUAAAACUGUUAAAGAUUUCCAAGAGGAAUGUCGGAAAAAUGAACUGAUUUUAUCUAAGAUGAAGAAAUGAAAGUUAUGAAGAGAAGGGAUAAGAUUUUGUGUAUAAAUGAUACAUGAUAAACUCAGAAAGUGUAUUCCUAGGAUUAUUGUUAUACAACUUAAAAUAAUUAUUCAAUAUUGUCAAUGGAAAUGGAAAAAUCUCUUUGCAGAAUUACAUGAAUGAAAAUGGAUGACUUGAUGAUCUUGAUUUUAAUUCAGAAAAAAUAAAAUACUGUAACUGGCAUUAUAUUAUGUAAGAAACUUGUUAUUCUGAAGUCAGAAUGAUGAUUCUUCUGUGUUAAAUUAUUAUUAUUAUAUAUGUAGUACUAUUAAAUUGAUCAGUGACUGAA